UAAGGCAAGUUUUCAAGUUUUGAUUGUUUGACCCCCAUAGCUUAGUGAUGGCCGGGAAUAAGGCGGACGAAGUGGAAGAGACGACGGACGAAAAGCAGCAGCAAGCCAAAGGGGAUGAUUUGUCUGGGGAGCUUCUCAUCAAGCACCCGCUGCACAACACCUGGACCCUCUGGUUCUACGAGAACGACCGUAAGAAGUCCUGGGAGGAGAACCAGCGCGAGAUCACCAGCUUCGACACGGUGGAGGACUUCUGGAGCCUGUACAACCACAUCAAGAUGGCCAGCGAGCUGAGCAUGGGCUGCGACUACUCUCUGUUCAAAAAGGGCGUCCGGCCUAUGUGGGAGGACGACGCUAACAAGCAGGGCGGCCGUUGGCUUCUCAACGUGGAGAAGAAGAUGAACGAGCUGGACCGCUUUUGGCUGGAAGUCCUGCUGUGCAUGGUGGGAGAGGCGUUUGACGAGUACAGCGACGAGAUUUGCGGGGCUGUGGUUAACGUACGCGCACGAGCUGACAAGAUCGGUAUUUGGACUGCGGAUUUCAACCACAGUACUAGCAUAAUGGAAAUUGGGCGCAGGCUCAAAAGCAGGCUUACCCUUCCUCCUAAGAUGGUUAUGAGUUAUCAAAGCCACAAAGACACUGCUUCUAAAGUGGGUGCCAACAGUAAGAGUAUGUUUACGUUAUGAGCUGGAGUGGAGGCUAGGUGAAAUUUAAUUAAUUACGUUAUUGAAGCUUUUUUUUUUCAUCUUGAAAUUGGUUUGUGAUUUGUCCCUUGUCAUAUUUAUUUCUGUAAUAGCUGUUGACUUGUUUUAAGAGAGAUCCCUGUCCUGUUUGAUAAUAGGUUUCAUCUCCGGAAAUUGUAGGGUAACAUUUAUUUGACAAAGACCGCUCAUCUCACAUUUGAAAGUUUGACUUUGUUUUAAUGUUAACAAAAUUAUAUGUCUAUGUUGUCUUAAUUUCAUUUAGUCCACUAUUGGUUCCAAGGACCUCCCUCAAAAUGUGAGAUUGUUUUGUGUUUUAAUGGGAAACUAUAGUUUCAAUCAUAACAUGUUAUUUUUCCCCUUUUGAUUUAAACAUUGCAGUAUAUGAAGUGAUUUCAUAUUUUGUACAUGAUCUGCAUCAUGACUUGGUAAAGGUUCUGUUUUGUUUCUUGUUUGCUUUUUUAUUGCUGAGGAACAUGUGCUUUUCAUGGUUAGAAAGCUUCAUUUAUAUUAAAAUCUCCAAGAUUUGUCCUGAAGCCAUUCAGUAUUAAGAAACUAAGUGUGUUUAUCCGAUCAAUAUGAAUGACUUGUUUGGUUUAAUUAUCUUCCCAAAGCAAUGAACCCAUAGCACUAAUGAUUUUGUGUGUGUAUCCCUAUAGUCUUUAUUUAAAAGAAAAUUUGUUACUUACGCAGUAUUCAAUAUAAAUAAUCAAACAUACUAAGCCAUGACUUACUUUACUCUUAUAUAUUCUAGAUGUAUCUGUGUGGCUUUCUAUUCUCUAGCUCCUUUCUUUUUUUUCCUUUUUUUUUUGCUAAAGAAUUGGUGAGAGCACGGUGUUUUAAAUGUAAGAAGGAUGAAAGCUUGAGGUGAAGCACCCUCUCCUUGGAGUGAAUGGCAAUUGGCUUCUCACAUGUUUAUAUCAAUAGCUUAUUAUAUGUAGUCAGCUCUAUUCCAUAUUUAGAUUAGAAUGUAACUCAUCUAUGAAAUCCUUCAAUGCAUAAUUUGAAAAUGUGUUGUCCUGUAGUUAAAUGCCAAUCUAAUCUCAUUUUUCAAUUUUUUGUUUGUCGAUUCUGACUGUGUGAGUUAAUAAUUUCAAGGGUUUUGCAUGGGUAGAAUGUAACCAAGCUUCUGAUUUAGGCGCAUUUCAAUGGGAAGUGUAUUUUUGUAUAUCUAUAAUAAAUAUUCUGUAAUGAGCAUAA